AUGUCGACAAGGGCCAUAAAGAAGAGCGCCUUCUCGUGCGAACCGUGCCGUAGGCGCAAGGUUAAAUGUGGCGGAGAGCAGCCGACAUGCAAUAGAUGCGCCGCACGCGCGGAUGAGUGUGUGUAUAAACUUAACCCGACGUUGUCGUACACGUCGCGCCUGGAGCAGCGUAUCAAGGAUCUAGAGGCGCAGCUCGCCGCCGCCAGGUCGCAUGCUCCUGGGCCCGCGCAGCCGUCCAGGACGUCUUCGCCUAGCCUGGGCCCGUCGGCGGGUCAGUCGCCCAUGACUGACCCCCAUCAUGUCGAGUCACAGGAUGAGGAGUCCGUGAGUGAGAGUUUCAAGGGGUUGAAGGUGGAUGACAAGGGCGCCAUCACAUAUCACGGCUCUACGAGUUUCUUUCAGUUACCUGGUGAUCGGCAGCUCGGGUCCAGAGACCAGACGUCGACGUCGGAGCAAGCUAUUCAGAGACGCGAGAGGCUAGUUGCCAACGCCUGGCAGCAGAGGGCUCUCGAGAACAUGUCCGAGAUCCCGGAACCGUUUCAGUAUCUGUUAAACGUCCAUUGGUGCUGGAUCCAGCCGCUCUUUAACUUCAUCUACAGGCCUGCCUUCACCCGUGAUAUGCAAACGAUGGGCCCUUAUUACUCCCAUACCUUGAUGAACGCAGUAUUAUCACACUCUAUCAGAUGGGGCAGGAGUGACCCUGCCACGAAAGAGAAGCUCGACGAGUUCUACGGCGGUGGCGCUCUCUUUGGCAAGCACGCUCGCAGCAUGGUCUUCGAGGAGCUCAGCCAGGGCAUCUGCUCGAUCCCUACCGUCCAGACCUUGUUGCUUCUCAGCGCGCAAGAGUGCAGUGUUGGAAACAGCGCCCAGGCAUGGACGUACAGCGGCCUUGCGUUUCGCAUCAUCGACCAUCUGGGCAUCUGCGUCGACGGACAGAGAUAUCCCGGUUCAGUACAGCUGACAGACGAAGACGUCGAAAUCCGCCAUCGUCUGUUCUGGAGCUGUUACUUCUGGGACAAGAUGAUCAGUCUGUACUUGGGCCGGUCGCCGUCGUUGCAGCAAACAUCCGUUUCCCCACCGCAAAUCAUGUGUAGGUCAACAGCGCUGCCGGCUGGACGACUGACAUGGCUAACACAUUAUGACAGUUGA